AUGACUUCUGCCUUUGCUUUUGGAACUCUCCCCAUCUCUGAUGCUCGUCGCGAGCAGCUUCUCCGCGCCGCCAAAUACAACGACAAAGCGACAUUCCAGUCGCCAUCUGACGCCGACAACCACUGGAUCGCUCAAGCGGGUGUCUGGGCUUCCGCCGCCGAACAUGCGCGUGCGGUCAGCAAGGACACCACGCUCUUUCGUGGCCUUACCAAAGUCCGCGAGGAGUACGAGCGUCGUCUCCCGCGUGGUGCUCUUGGCCGGGACGACCUCAGCGACACCUUGCGUCGCUUCUACGGUGAUGCUGCCCUCUACCAUCUCAUUGACAAGAACGAGAAGAAGCGCGCCAAGGCCCGGCUGCAGAAAUUCAACCGCCGGCAGCGCCAGCUAGCGCUCGGGUCCGCUCAACGAUCCCGCCGCCGCCUCAACAUCGACACUGGUGCAGCAGCGCACGACGCGGACAUGUUUCCUGUCCCGUCCUCCUCAUCCUCGUCCACUGAGUCUCUCCCGCCGUUGCCUCCUCCUCCUACCAUCGCAACUACGUCCACUUCCAGCAAUGGUGAGGCAUCAUCCAUGGAGAUCGAUGCAGACUCUAAUUUGGUGCGUGUCCUAGCUCGGAUCGGCUUCUACUUGGUCAUCUUGGCCUCGCUUCUGGCCGCCGUCCUUCAACGAACACUGAUGUGGAUCUCACUUUUACAGCCAAUGCCAUCCAUCCCGCUUCUUGCUUUGACUGAUUCCGGCACUGAUGCCGUCGUCGUUCAACCUACUCCCACUGCUCCGGUGAGCUCCCUUCAUCACGAAGCCUUGCUCUCGCGGCUGAUGUCUUCAAUCAGCCUGCGCCUCAGCCCUCUGGUAGGAGCUCCCGCUGAGGGAACUUCCUUCACCAACACCACCUCCCAGCCUGCUGAUGCAGCCACCGGCCCUACCAUCAACUCCGGUAGUUCCGCGCAAGCCGCUGCUUCGGCCGCUGUCGAAGCCGGUCCAGUUGUCUCGGCCACGGAAGACAAGAUUCCGUCCGGACCCUCUCGCCGCGAUCCGCGACCUGCCAAGAGGUCCUACUGGGCGCCGCCCGUUCUCGACAUCGACCGUGCUGAUGAGUACCGCACCAAACGGAUCAAAUCCCUCGAGAAGCGCGUCCUGGCUGCUAGUAGCGAGCCCCGCCGUAAGAAAUCUGGUGGUGCCUCCAGCUCCAAGACCUCCGACUCCUCGGCCUAA